CACAGCAGGGCCUUGUGGGUAGGUGGCGUGUGUAUGAGAGCGCGUUGCGGAGGCGGGGCCGAGUCCGAGAGCAGCGGGAGCCGGCGGACGGCGGACGGCGGACGGCGGCCUCUCUCACCGCGGCGUCCGACAUGGCAGAUCGAGAGCAGCUGGUGCAACGAGCCCGGCUGGCGGAACAGGCUGAGCGCUACGAUGACAUGGCGGCGGCUAUGAAGUCGGUAACAGAGCUGAAUGAAGCACUGUCUAAUGAAGAUCGCAACCUGCUCUCUGUGGCCUACAAGAAUGUGGUGGGAGCUCGCAGGUCUUCCUGGCGUGUUAUCAGCAGCAUCGAGCAGAAAACAUCUGCUGAUGGUAAUGAGAAGAAGCUGGAGAUGGUGCGUGCUUAUCGGGAGAAGGUGGAGAAGGAGCUGGAGGUAGUGUGUAAUGAUGUAUUGGCGCUGCUUGACAAAUUCCUCAUUAAGAACUGCAGCGAGUCCCAGGUAGAGAGCAAAGUGUUUUACCUGAAAAUGAAGGGCGACUACUACCGCUACUUGGCUGAAGUGGCCACUGGUGAGAAGAGGGCCCGUGUAGUGGAGUUGUCCGAGGCUGCUUAUAAAGAGGCCUUUGAGGUCAGCAAGGAUCAGAUGCAGCCUACUCAUCCUAUCCGCUUGGGCUUAGCCCUCAACUUCUCUGUCUUCUACUAUGAAAUCCAGAAUGCCCCUGAGCAGGCUUGUCAGCUGGCCAAGGCAGCCUUUGACGAUGCCAUUGCUGAACUGGACACUCUAAACGAGGGUUCCUACCAGGACUCAACACUCAUCAUGCAGUUACUACGGGACAACCUCACCCUCUGGACAACUGACCAGCAGGAUGAUGAAGCAGGAGAAGGCAACAACUAGUAGUCUUCCCCUUCUUUCCCCUUCCCACCUGCCCUUCUGUUUUCUCUCUCCUGCCUCACCCACCCACCAUAUGCGCUAUACACCAUAGUGCUGAUAUAUCUACUGUACACACUCCCCUAAAUCUGCUGUAUGCUCAUCAGAGAACAAUGAUAUCGAAUCUUUGGCUGCAUUGGUAUUUAAGCCCAUUUGCUGUAGUUUGCAUUUGAGAAUCAUGCAGAACGUUUGUGGAUCUAUUACAUUGACCAUGAAUCAUUGACUUUUUUGUUUUUGGUCUUUUAAGAUGUCUGGGUGUGUUUUGGAACUGGCAGCCCCCAAGAUUAAAUGAUAUGUGGUGGUUUUAUCACUUUAAUCUAGCUCAGUGACCCAGUCAUCAUGAUGUCUCCCCUCAUGACCAAUCUCUCCUUGCAUGUGGAAAUGACAAUAUCCCAUUUUAACUUCAACACCCGGUCAAUUUGAUGUUUCCUGGAAAUGACUAUAUUGUACUGUUUACAUUAAUCAGUGUCUUGUUAAAGUAUUCAGCCCCAAACCUUUUGAUCGUAUAAAUGAGUAUUGCAACCAGGGAUUUUCAUCAAUUUAGCUGGGAAUUUUUAUUUGUCAAUAACAUACUCUUCCUUUUCAGAGUCCAAAAACCAGGGAAAUACUAAAAAUUCAAAACCUGAAAAGGAUUCGUCCUUCUUUACUCAUUACUUAGUUGAACCACUUCUCACAGCUGUUAUGGCCAGUAGUGUUUUUGGAUAAAUUUCUAUACAGGACUUUGAUCCAGUCAAGGACAUCACUUUUCUUCAUUUUCAACCACUCCAUGGUUGCUGUGGAAGUGUGCUUGGGUCAUUACCCUUCUGAAAAACUAACUUCAGUUUAUGGUUUCUGGCAGAGGCUAGCAGGUUUUUGAUCCAGGAUCUCUGUAUAUAACAGCAUUCAUCCCAUCAAUCCUGACCAGAUUUUCAGUCCCUGCUGCUGAAAAGCAUCUCCAUAGUGUGAUGCUACCUCCACUAUACAGUAGGGAUGGUGUUACCUGGUGAUAUGUAGUAUUAGAUUUACACAUGCACAGUUUAGUGUUGAGGCCAGAAAGUUCCACUUUCGUCUUAACUGACCACAAGUCUAUUUUCCACAUCUUUGCAGUAUCUUCUAAGUGACACAUUGCAAAGUGGGCAAUGUUUUGGGCCAGGGCUCCUUCUUUGUCACUCUUUUAUAAAUGCCCUUUUUUUUUUAAGAGAUUGUGCAGCCAUGCACUUCAUCUCCAGUUGCAGCCACUGACUUCUGUAGCUCACUCAGUGACUGUUGGUGUCAGAGUAACCUCUUACAAGUGCUAUUCUUUAGUGACUAAGUUUAGAGGGGUAGCCUGACCUAGGCAGUGUGGUUGUGGUUUCAUAUUUUUCCAGUUUCGCAAUGGAUUGCAUUGUGCUCAGUUAUGUUCACUGAGAUGUUUGAGAUGAUCUUGUACUCUUCUCCAGAUUUGUGCUUCUCUAUUAUUUUUCCCCGCCUUAUCUUGAAUGCUUUUUUGUCUUCAUUUUGGUUUCAUCUGUGGAAAAUCUGCAUCUACAUCUGUAGGACCUUACGGAGGUCAUUGAAAAUUCACUGAAAACAGGUGAUCCUCUAAUUUUCUACGUCAACAAAUUGGGUGAGUUGGUAAGGUAAUAUAUUGCACUUAAGGGAAGUUAGUGUACUAAUUACAAAGGGGAUGAGUACUUUUGCAGCCUCAUAAUUUUGUUUUUUAAUUUUUAGUAAAUUGACAGAUUUUGGAAUUUUUUUGAUUUGACAUGCACAGUGUUUUGUAGGUGAGCUCAAAAAUCCAACAAUAUAUUUUAAGUUUAGAAAAUGAGACAGUAAAAUGUGAAAAUAGUUGUGGGAGCCGAAUACUUUUUCAAGGCACUGUAGGUUGCUCAUUUUAGCCAAUGAGUAUUUCAUUCUUGCGCUAAAUUUGUAUAAAGCUAGGAGGACCUGGCUGUUGUUGCUGAAUAUUCACUCUUGGCUAUUUUUAUUUAUGACAUCUUCUGAUAUACACAGAUCUUGGGGAAUGCAUUGCAUCUGCUUAAAUAUUUUGAUACUUUUGUCACAUUUUGUUUGUACCUAAUUAAAUCUUCUGUAAGACGUCACCUUUGCUGAUCAGUUUUCAGGCUGGUUUCAUUAAGUUCAGAGGAUUGUCAGAAAGCAUUGCGGGGAAAUAAAUAAUCUGAUGGAAUGCUGAACUUUAAUUUGAUGUUGAGUUAAACGGAUGUCAAUAAAUGCUGCCUCAGCUACAA